GGAUGUUUCGACUCCUGAACAACACAAGAUACGACACAAAAAGACAGAAGUACAUCAGCGAACGACAGAGUUUCAAGUACGCAAAGCUCGAAGGUCAAUCUAUGGAGGAAUACCUUCAAUCUCAUCCUCUGGCUAGAGAUUUCCUCAUUGAUCAGGAGAUACGGGCGAUGCGGAUUGAGUACGUCGCUGCGUUGCGCGAGUACGCCAAGGCGCUUGAGAUCUACAAGACCAAAGUCAAGGCGUACAGUCUCGUGCAGGAGAUGGGCAUCGAUGCUGACUUUGCAAGAGCCAAGUUUGGGAUCCAGUCGCUCCGACCGAAACCGAUCUACCCAAUCAAGUGCCCGCGCAAGGUGCUCCGCCGACAUCUGGAAGAGACGCUGAAGGCGAUCGGCGUGAGAGACUUCGUUAACGACGAACUGUUCGAGGAGAUGAAGAGCCGGAUCGACACGAUCCUCAAGGAAGCGACAGCAAAGCUAUCGAAGCUCGUGGACACGCGGACGAGCGCUCGGGAGCUCUUCGACUUCAUUGACGAGAACAACAACGGGACGCUGGAGGAGGAGGAGGUUCAAAGCUUCAUGCAGAGCAUCGGGGUGAAGAUCAACUCUCAAGAGUCUCGAAUCCUCUUCGUGCAGCUGGACAUCAACAACGACGGGAGUCUGUCGUUCCCGGAGUUUAUGGACCGGCUCCUUAACUGGAACAUCCAGGACAAGAAACCCUCAAGGAAUCGUGAGAAGUCUGUGGUCUUGAAGGCUCAAUUCAUGCAGGAGUCGGACUGAGGUUUCAUCGUGUAUAUACAUCAAACAUGUAGAUCAAACGCGGCUGUGUUGCCCCGAUACUUUCUUCUCGAUCUAAGUGAGAGGAGUGAGAGGGUGGAACGUUAGCAGUGUGAAGGAAAUUUUAGAGCUCACC